AUGAUAAGAGACUCGCGUGUGGAGUUCCAGAGAACCCCAAAACAGGAACCAGAAAACAGCUGCAGAAAUUUGAUAGAGUCCGUAUUCCAGCUGGAGCACAAAGUCAUCACAUUGGUGAAGAAUGAACUGAACAAUUUAAAGAAGCUACUGAGUGCUGAUUACCCAGCAUGCUCUGAGAGGGAGGAGAAAGCGGAGGAGGAGGAUCUGGACCGUAUUAGAGAGAGUGUGCUGAAGAUCACACUGCGUAUCCUGAAGAACCUGAAGCAGAAAGAUCUCGCUCACCAACUGCAGAUCAAGCUGGCCUCUGUAUAUCAGCGAAAACUCAAAUCCAGACUUGGAGAUAAAUUUAAAAGGAUAAAUGAAGGAAUCUCCCAGCAUGGGACAUCAGUACUUCUGAAUCAGAUCUACACAGAGCUCUACAUCACAGAGGGCUGGAGUGAAGACAUCAGUGAUGAACAUGAGGUGAGACAGAUUGAGACAGUGUCCAGGAGACCAGUAACAGAGGAGAAACCCAUCAAAUGUAAUGAUCUCUUUAAAUACACGUCCAUCAGAAGUGUGCUGACUAAAGGAGUUGCUGGAAUUGGAAAAACUGUCUCUGUGCAGAAGUUCAUUCUGGACUGGACUGAAGGGAAAGUGAAUCAGGACGUCACCUUUAUGUUUCCACUUCCCUUUAGAGAGCUGAAUCUGAUGAAGCAGCAAAACCUCAGUCUGAUGAAUCUUCUUCAUCAGUUUUUCCCUGAUAUUAAGGACCUAGAAGUAAUAGACAGUGAUACCUACAAAAUCUUGUUGAUCUUCGAUGGUCUGGAUGAGUGUCGAUUUCCUUUAGAUUUCCAGAACAAUGAGAGAUUGUGUGAUGUGACCGAGUCGGCCUCAGUGGAUGUGCUGCUGACAAACCUCAUCAAGGGGAACCUGCUUCCCUCUGCUCUCCUCUGGAUAACCACUCGACCAGCAGCAGCCAAUCAGAUCCCUCCUGAGAGUGUAGACCAGGCAACAGAGGUACGGGGGUUCAGUGAUCCUCAGAAAGAGGAGUACUUCAGGAAGAAGAUCAGUGAUCAGAGCCUGGCCAAUAAAAUCAUCACACACAUGAAGUCUUCAAGAAGCCUCGACAUCAUGUGCCACAUCCCAGUCUUCUGCUGGAUCUCAGCCACUGUUCUCGAAAGAAUGUUGGGUGACGCAGAGAGUGGAGAGAUCCCCAAGACUCUGACUCAAAUGUUCACACACUUCCUGAUCUUUCAGAUCAAACACAAGGGACAAAAGUACCAUGGAACAUAUGACCCUGAUCCUCAGCAGACCAGAGAGAGUAUCCUGGCACUGGGAAAACUGGCUUUCCAACAGCUGGAGAAAGGAAAUCUGAUCUUCUAUGAGGAAGACCUGAGAGAGUGUGGCAUUGGUGUUCGAGAAGUGGCAGUGUACUCAGGGGUGUGUACUCAGAUCUUCAGAAAAGAAUCAGGACUCCACCUGGGGAAGAUGUUCAGCUUUGUGCAUCUGAGCAUUCAGGAGUUUUUGGCUGCGUUGUAUGCAUUUCUCUGCUUUCUUGACAAAAACUCAACAAAAGAACAAACUACUGCUCUGUCUGGUCUUUUCAACACAUCAGAAAUGUCUGACUUCCUCAAAAGUGCAGUGGACCAGGCCUUACAGAGUGACACCGGACACUUGGAUCUUUUCCUCCGCUUCCUUCUGGGCCUCUCAGUGGAGUCCAAUCAGAAGCUCAUUCGAGAUCUGCUGCCACACACAGGAAGCAGCUCUGACUGCCAGAAGGACAUAGUUGAGUACAUCAAGUUCAAGUUUGAACAAAAUCCAUCUCCAGAGAGAUUAAUAAACCUUUUCUACUGUCUGAAUGAGUUAAAUGAUGAUUCACUCGUGAAAGAGAUCCAAAGUUACAUGAGCUCAGGACGUCUCUCUGAAGCUGAACUCUCACCUGCUCAGUGGUCUGCUCUGGUCUUUGUGUUGCUGACAUCAGAUGAGGAUCUGGAAGUGUUUCAGCUACAGAAGUUCAUAAAGUCAGAUGAAUGCUUUAAGAGGCUGCUACCAGUCGUCCAGCAAGCCACAACAGUUCUGCUCAGUGAUUGUAACCUGACAGAGAGAAGCUGCUCAGCUUUACACACAGUUCUCAGCUCUGAAUCCUCCAAACUGACUGAGGUGGAUCUGAGCAGUAACCAUCUGGAGGACUCAGGAGUGAACCAGCUUUGUGUUGGACUGGAGAGUCCAAACUGUAAACUGGAGAAACUGAGACUUUCAGACUGCAGUAUAACAGAGGAAGGAUACACUGCUCUGGCUGAAGCUCUGAGACGAAACCCAUCAUCACACCUGCUAGAGCUGGAUCUCAGAGGGAACGACCCUGGAGCAUCAGGAGUGAAGCUGCUCACUGAUUUACUCCAGGAUCCAGACUGUAAACUAACAACACUGAGUUUGUUGAAACAUCCUGCUGCACAAGAGGCCUGUACUUGGCUAAAUUCAGUUUUAGAUGAAAACCCUUUACUCCUAAAAGAGCUGGAUCUGAGCAUGAAGGAACCAGGAGACUCAGGGGUGAAGAAGCUCUCAGCUCUACUGGAAGACUCUCACUGUAAAUUUCAGAAAAUUCGGCUGAAUAAAAGUAAUCUGACUGUGGAGAGCUGUUCAGCUUUAGCCAGUGUUCUCAAAUUAAAGUCCUGCAGUGUGAGAGAGCUGGACCUGAGCAACAACAGUCUGCAGGAUCCAGGAGUCACUCAGCUUUCUGCUGGACUGAAGAAUCCACAGUCUCCACUCAGAACACUGAGACUGUGUAACUGCAGUGUAGCAGCUGAAGGCUGUGCUGCUUUGGCUGCAGCUCUGGAAGAAAAUCCCUCACAGCUCAGAGAGCUGGAUCUGAGCGGGAAUAAAGCAGGAGACUCAGGAAUAAAGCACAUCUCGAACCUCCUACAGAAUUCACACUGCCUCCUGGAAACACUCAAACUUUCAGACUGCAGUAUAACAGAGGAAGGAUACACUGCUCUGGCUGAAGCUCUGAGACUAAACCCAUCAUCACACCUGAGAGAGCUGGAUCUCAGAGGGAACGAUCCUGGAGCAUCAGGAGUCCAACAACUCACUGAUCUGCUGCAGGAUCCACAUUACAGACUGCAGAAACUUACACUGUGGAACAGUGUCAGUGAGAAAUCCUGCACUGCUUUGGCUUCAGCUCUCUGUACAAAUCCAUCACACAUCAGAGAGCUGGAUCUGAGUGAGUGUAAACUGGGAGACUCAGGAGUGGAGAAGCUCUGUGAUCUACUGAAGAAACACGAGUGUAAACUGGAGACACUGCUACUGUGGAACAGCAUCAGUGAGAAAUCCUGCACUGCUUUGGCUUCAGCUCUCUGUACAAAUCCAUCACACAUCAGAGAGCUGGAUCUGAGUUGGUGUAAACUGGGAGACUCAGGAGUGGAGAAGCUCUGUGAUCUACUGAAGAAACACGAGUGUAAACUGGAGACGCACGCCUCGGGCUGUGCGAGCACCGAGUGA